AUGCAAACAAAUAAUCAAGCUCAAUCAGAACGUCCAAAGCUUAGACGUAAGUUCACACCAGAAGAAGAUCAGAAGUUGAUGGCUUAUGUUCAAUACUUUGGUGAGAAAUGGUCAAUUAUCUCUAAACUCAUGGAGACAAGAACAUGCAAGCAAUGCAGAGAAAGAUAUCGUGAGUACCUCAACCCACGUAUCACUAAUGCUGCAUGGACAAAAGAAGAAGAUGAACUCCUUAUUCGACUUUACACAGCAAAAGGUCCUAGAUGGACUGAGUUUUCAAAGAUUUUGAAUGGAAGAAGUGAUAAUAACAUUAAGAAUAGAUGGCAUACAUAUCUUAAGCACAAAGUUGACCCAUCAAUUCUUCAAUCGAGUUCUACAGAAGUUUCUGAUACAGUUUCACCAGAAGAUUUAUCAGAAAUCAUAUCUAUUCCUGAGCCUCAGUCAUUCGAAUUCCAUUUCGUAGACGAUUUUGAAUUCUUCUAUACCUUGUAA